AUGGGGGAUAUGGCAAUAGAUUCUGAAGAGGAAUGCGAAGAAGAAGAAAUACUGCUUUCUUCGUUGCUUAUGCGACGACGUCGUAGGCGUUUACGAGCUUUGAUCUCAUCCGCCGACACAUGGUCAAGGCAAUGCAUAAUGCGGAGAGAAACACUAGAGGCGCAUUCAAAUCUUAUUCGCGAGUUAAACGCUGAAAAAAACCAACAACAAGAAAAGCAUUCAAUGGAAUUUUGGCAACAAAAAAGGCAGUAUUUCUUCUUUUGCGAGUUCCUCUUGGGAAUCUAUAACCAUAUCGGCCAGUUU